AUGUCUCAAAUGAAAUCAAGUUUAGCUUUACAAAUUACCUUAAAGGUAACAUUUAACUAUUCGUUAAUUUAUUUUAUAAUAAUGUUUUCAAUUUUUAUAUAUAAAGUUUCAAUUUAUACAUAUCCAAUAUAUAUUAAAGUGAUUGAAGGAUUAUUAAUUUUGGAAAUUUUACCUCUUGAAAUAAUAAAACAUUCAUGGGCUAAAAGAGGAAAUUUGACGGAGACAUGGGCAUACUUAUUUUUAUCAAUAUUAUUAAAUAUUUUAAUGGGUCUUAUCUGUUUUCCGUCCUUGACCAGACAUCAUAUCAUUAUUCAGAAACUUAUUUUGUUUUAA